CUCGCGCAUUCGCGAUCAGCCCGCACGCGCUUGUGCAGCAGCUGUGCGGCGCGCGCCCCUUUGCCAGGCGAAUCAGUCGUGAGUGAAUGCGAAUCGAUUGGAUCGAUGAGUGACAUGCUCCACGUGAGUGCAAGACGACGCGUGCAUCCAUGCAGGGUACGCGUCGGUGGCGCAUGCCGCCCGGCGUGCCUGACUCCAGAGCUCACAAAUGGUCAAGACACUGGCGCAGCGCCGUCGAAGCUGCAGCUGGAUGCAUGCGGCCCGUGCAUGCGGCGCGCAUGGCAAAGAUCAACACUGCAGCAGAUCUUCUCGCGCGAGCGCAUGAGUCUGAGUUCUGGAUCGGCCGGUAGAAGCGCGGCAAGCAGGCAAGCCACGCGGGCUAUAGCAGCGGAGAGGUACGAUCACGUACCGAUGCGACUCCCUCGCAUCGCUCGCUUCGCAGACCAGUCAAAAGUGAAUGCUUUACGUCCCAUGGAACCCAUGUUUCUGCCAUGGUGUAAACCACAAGGAUGCGCUGGAGCCGAUAUAGGCUUGGGGUUGACCGCCGAUCCGAGAGCAUCGAGCUGCACUGCUGCGAUAUGUCCUCUGCAACGAUGUCCUCCUAGCACACUUGACCACCAUCACCUCCCCCAAGCGAGACAACCUUGAAUCAACGCUGCUCGGUCGGGAGGCGACCUUACAUACUCGCUUCCUCCGGCCGGCCAGCGCAUACGAUAGCGAUGCCAAGGCUCUGUCGGGAUCGCGAUGUGUCGCCUGCCCGGAACUUUGUGUGGAGCGCUUUCCCAUGCCCGACCUCUAAACGCGCCAGAAGCCAAAGUUGGAGCACGAUCAAGGAUCAACUCACCUGAAGAAG